AUGAAUGAUGGAUUUGUAUUUUCACAAGGAAUUAAAAAAAAAAAAAAAGGAUAGAAAAUUAGCCACCAACUAACUCAAGGUAAAAGAAAUGAUAUUUCGUUUUGUCAUGAUUUGCUGCAACUUGAAUUAUUAAAACUGAAAAGAUAGGAAAGAAUAAUAAAUAAAUAUUUCAAAAAAUUAAUUGACAAAACUGGAUAUUUCAAACCAAUUUCAUCAUAAACCUUAUCUGUCUGACUUUGAACAACUUGAGCUUUCCUUUCUCCCUCUCCAAACACCAAGCUAAAAUGGCAGAAUCAAUCCUCUUUAACAUUGCUGAAGGGAUCAUUGGAAGGUUAGGUUCUGCAGCUGUGAGAGAAAUUGGAUUGCUGUGGGGAGUAAACGAUGAGCUUUCAGGACUUGAAGACACCAUUUUAACCAUCAAACCUAUACUUCUUGAUGCAGAGGAGAAGAAGGUCAACAACCAUCAAGUCAAAAUUUGGCUUAGUAGGCUUGAAGAUGUAGUUUAUGAAGCCGAUGACUCGCUGAGCGAAGUCUCGGAUGAAGCCUUGCGCCGGCAAGUAGUGGCUGGACAUGAAGUGGCCUUGCAGUUAUGCACUUUUUCUCAACCUCAAACCAACUUGCCUUUAGGUACAAGAUGGCUCACAAAAUAAAAGCUCUUAAGGAGAACCUGGAUGUUAUUAGAGAUGAUAGAAACUUUAUUUUGGAGGAGAGACAUGAAGAGACUAAGGUUAAGUAUAGAGCAAGAGAGCAUACCCAUUCCUUUGAAUCACAUGAAGAAGUAAUUAUUGGUAGGGAUGACGAUAGAAUGAAAAUUCUAGAUUGCUUGUUGGACACCAAAAAUGAAGGGGGUGAAUUAGUUAUUCCUAUAGUG